AUGACCAUAGCGUCAACGGUAAAGCCGAAAUCGACACCGCUACUCAUUCAAUUCGAGGGGAAGAAUUUCUCUCGAAAAACACUCCCAGAGUCUGCUGCGUUGUUAUUCGAAUUGAGUCGUUGUGAAUCGAAUGGUAACAAAACGUUACUGUACAAGAGCGAGCCGUUAAAACAGGGAGCACGGACGGUUUGGAAGCCUUUCACCGUUAAUGGUCAAGAGAACGUUGAAGGGAGAUUGCGGCCACUUGAAGUUGUGUGCUACUUCAAAGAUGACAAAUGUCGAAAUGUCGCCGUUGGACACUUUAGCACCACAUAUGAAGAAAUGCGUGAAACCAAAAAGGCUUUUAUGUUGACUAAUCCAGUAUACAAAGGGGGCCAGAAGACAUGUGGACAAUUUGACCUGGUUAAAUUUACUGAGUUGAAAACUUUCUCUUUCUUGGAUUAUUUGACAUUCGGCACCGUUUUGAAUUUCGCCUUUGCCAUCGAUUUCUCUGACGCUGAUGUAACAGAGGAUCGGCAAGCACAGAUCGACUUCGCCAACAAUGUUGAAUUCGCUAUUCGAUCUAUCGGCGAAACUUUGGCCGACUAUACCAGAACCGACAGCUUCCUAGCAUAUGGGUUUGGAGCUCGUAUACCACCACUCUAUCGAGAGUCACACGAAUUUUGCCUGAACCUUGAGACCGAUCCUAUUUGUACUGGUGUUGAAGGCGUGGUGACGGCGUUCCGAAGCACCUACAUGAAAACGAAACCGUGCACCAGUGCACAUUUUGCGCAUGUAAUCUACCACCUUGCUAAGUAUGGAUGGAAUGAAUAUUCGGCUAAACAGCCCAAAAGUGCUCAAAAUGCCACAACGCGAUCGGACCAUAACCGCCCACAGUACUAUAUUCUGAAUAUUAUAACAAGAGGUGCCAUUGACGAUAUUAAAGAGACUGUUCAAGCCGCGAUAUUUGCCAGUAAAUCACCAAUAUCUAUUAUUUUCACAGGUUAG